CCCAUAUUGCUAUGCAGUGUGAUUUUGUUUGCUGCUCCUGUUGUUACUCAGACAGAAAACGUGUGCAGUUCAAACUCUAGAGGUCUCCAUCCUGCAACAUCCAAGUCUUCCCCCUGAAACCAUCUCCAAGAAACAGAGCGAGGGAGACUGGGAGAGCGCUGUGAGCCGCGGGGGAUUCUUAUUUAAAAGCGCGAAGACGCACAAAUGCAACCUGAGCACCUAAUUAUGCAGCACGUGGAUGCAAAAGCGUGCUGAAGACAAUUCCGUCUGCGGGGUGUUAGAAUUGCUGCAGGUCCUACCCGUGCUGCUCAGUUAAGUGAGAGAGAGAAGGGUUUCUUCCAGGGAGGCAGAACGCUUUCUCUGCGCCUUUAAAAAAGAUUGUCAAAGGAUUUCGUGGCAGUCAUGUCUAACUUUCAGUCACUACUUAUAGUUGUUGCGAGUGUCCUCGCUACCAGCACUCAGUCAGAGAUAAAGGUGGUGGCGGAGACGGACGUGAGCCUGCCCUGCAAGCACCAGCUGGGGCACCUGGACUCCAGGACUCUGGACAUCGAGUGGCUGCUACAGGGUGCCGACCAGAGCCAGAAAGUGGUGAUCUCAUACACAGGGGGUCUGGUGUACGACAACUUAAAUGACAACCAGAAGGGCCGCGUGUCCUUCGCCUCAGACUACCUGACAGGAGACGCUUCUCUCAGGAUCUCUGCCCUGAAGAUCAGAGACUCAGGCCAGUACACCUGCAAAGUGAAGAAUGGAGGACAGUACUUCUGGAACCCCAUCAGCCUCAUAGUCUUGGUCAAGCCUUCCAAACCCCGGUGCUGGCUUGAAGGGAAGCUGCUGGAGGGGAACGAUGUGACGCUGGGGUGCGGGUCGGCCGACGGCACCGAUCCCAUCACUUACAAAUGGGAGAGAGUCCCGGAGAAAGGGAAGAGCCGGAGCUAUCUGCCCCCACAGUCACGCAUUGACUUGAAUCACCCAGAAAUCGUCAUUCUGAGAAACCUGACCAUGGACAGUAUAGGAACCUACCAGUGCACUGCCAGCAAUGAAGCUGGGCAGGACAGCUGUAUUAUCCAAGUCACCAUGCAUUAUGUGAGAGGAGUGGGUGUGGUGGCCGGGGCUGUGGUGGGAGUUGUGUUCGGAGUCCUGUGCAUUGUAUUAGUCGUCUGGCUGAUCCUGCACAAGAAAGAGAAGAGGAAAUACGAGGAAGAGGAGACACCCAACGAAAUCAGGGAGGACGCUGAGGCCCCGAAAGCUAAACUGAUGAAGCCAAACUCGUCCACCUCCUCCAGAUCUGGCAGCUCUCGAUCGGGAGCCUCCUCCACCCAGUCCAUCGUGCACAACAGCACCACCCGCAGCCAGCGGCUCCGCCCUGCAGCCACCCUCAAGGAGAACGGAGAGCCGCCCACCUACUCGCAGGUGGUGAGCAAGGAGCCGGAGCCAGAGCCAGAGCCAGACACCGGCAAAAUCAGCAACGCCACCCUGGAAAGAAUGGGAGCCACCGCAGUGAUGAUCCCUGCACAGUCCAGAGCCUUUCAAACAGUGUAGGGAAGAAGCAAAGGAAUAAGGGUCCUAUAACUCCGAAAAACAUGAACACGGAUCAACUGAAGAAAAGGGAUCAUUAUGCUAUAGGGAAACUUAAUAAUGCUCAAUGGCUAAAAUGGGGACUGAAAUAAAGGGAUCAUUGCUGGACACUUUAAAGGGAUUUAAAAGGGAAUUCAGAAAACCGCUUGCCCUCGUCCCAUAAGCCCAAAAGGAACUUGCUAAAGCCUUGCUGGAAAUGGACACACAUUUUCAUUAAGUUUUAUUGUACGGAUUUCCAUCAGAGUAUGAAAUAAUUUAAAGUAUUUUUUUUUUCGAUUAGAGUAGGGGGCAAAAAAGGAAAAACACUGAUCGUUAAGUUUGGUAACCUGGUUGGGGGAUAACGGCUGAGUAUUUCAAACAAAAAUAUAUAUAUGACAUAGAAUUAAUGUACAAAGUGUUACCUUACAUAACGUCCCGUUGAAUAUAGAGCCAAAGACAUUCCUGCGUCAGAGCGUCAAAUUAUCGACACUGCGUUUCAUGUUGCAUUUAGUGAGCCUCACUAGGGGAUUGUGGAAGAUCACACCAAGAUCCACUCAUGCGCAGCACAGGAAUCACUGCAAGACUGACCCUCAGCUUUCUUAGAAAGACAAUGAACCUCUGGCCUCACAUGACUUUGCACGUCAGCAUUGGAGAGUCUGGACAUUGCUCAUAGCAUGUGCAGCUUUAGGCUGUUGUUCAUCACCCUCCAGUCAGAUAUAGACAAAGAAAUGCACCUGAUUGACGUGUCUGAGGGACCCCAAUCGUCCAUCACUUUGCUUUGCGUUGCUGUGUGAAGAGCUGGAUAUACCUAUACACCACAGAAUGUUACAACGUCACACUACAGAAAAAUCACAUGGGGUCAUUUGAAUGCCACAAUACUGCAUCAUGAACUGUCACAUGUGCCGUCCAUAUUUUAAGCUUCCACUGUUAGAUGUUUCUUCCUGUCUAUUGCGAUAUACCACGAUGAGGGCAGAGCAAUGUGUAGUGAAUCGUAGUGAAAGCAUGGUUAAAAAUAACGGUAAAGGCAAGUGUGUCAAAAGCAUGGUAAACUGCUGUUCGUCGUGAUGGUUUUUUUUACAUGGGAUUGCUAAACCCUAGCUGGCAAAGUACUGUGUCUGCAUCUUGGAAGCCUUCAAAAGCAAGACUUUGCAGAAGCAGUGACAAUGGAAAUGUAUGAACUGGUCCUGGGGCUUGGCGUGGCUCAUCACUGCUGUUUUAAUGAAUGCUAUAUAUGUGUAUUACAGCUCGACAUUAGCACCUGACAAUCCACUAUUAAGCCCACCAGAGUCAGUUUUAAAAGAGUUCAGACAAUACAUUUCAUUGAUAAAAAGAAUGAUUAUGCUGUUCAAACCAUUUCAAACCAUAAUUAAUCACCCCAGAAACCCUGUCCACCCUACUAAGUAAUGCAUUAUCAACACAUUGAAACCCCAUGACUGCUAUUCUUCAUUCACAUGUUUUAAAUGUAGUGUGAAGAGGGUAUCUGUCUGUGACCUUUAGGAUAAGAUCCUAGUUGCAGUCCUAACUAGUGACACCUGGUGACUGGAGGACUAAACUUCAGGGGGCAGGCAGGUGCUAAUUUCCAGCCCUGGGAAGUAAGGAAUGCUGAUCAGAAUGUGCACUUUUGCCAAAAGGUGAGGUUUAGCUACAUAGUGCUUUUGCAAUAAAAGCAUUUUAUAUAUAUAUAUAUAUAUAUAUAUAUAUAUAUAUAUAUAUAUAUAUAUAUAUAUAUAUAAUAAGGACUGUAAUUAAUUUAAGCCUGUAGCUGUCAGGCUUGUCUUUCCUUAUAUGCAUGUCUUCUGGUCAUACAAGCCACAAUUAAAAGGGAGUGUACUGUGCAGCUCCUUAUUAUACUUACUGUAGUAGUUGUGAUUCUAAAGAACGAGUGUGCGGAAUGUGCAGGAGAUUACAAAACUAACCCAUAAAGCAGCCCCAUGUACUGUGUACUUUAACAUCAGUAGGAGCUUGCUUACCCAAUUCUACUGAACCCAAUAAAUAAGCAAAGGUUUAGCUAAAUACAUUGUAGCAUUUCAAAUUGAAUUACGCUUGCAAUCAAAUAUUUUUUACUGCUGAAUUCUGGUGUUUAUUGUUACAUUCCAAAAUAAUGAAUACGAACGGCCUUAUUGAAUGUGCUUUCUGAGUACUGACAAUACAGGAAUGUGUGUGUGUGUGUGUGUGUGUGUGUGUGUAAUAUAACACAACUUGUAGGCUGGCACUAAUUUCCACUGUGCCAUUCCAGGGCUGCCCGUCAUAACAAGCCAGAUUCCUGUCCUCUGCUCCCCAGCAGCCAAUCUUGUUAUUUUUAUUCCUUCGAAAGAGAUUUGAUGGAUACAAUGCCAGGAAAUAUUAAGAGUGACUGAUGGUGUAACAGCCUAAAGGAAAGCUCUUUGGUGACGUGAAGUAUCCCCGGCGUACAACUCCAGGACAUCUCUCCACCUAAUCCGAGUGGAUGUGUGCUCACCAGGGCAGGCAUUGUUCUCAAUGUUUAUCACAAAAGUGAAGUAUUAUUUUCAUCUGGAGACUCAGUAGAAUUGCAAUGGUGCAUUUUCUUUUUUCUAGAUUUUCUCAUUGAAAACAGCGCCACCAGGUGGCCAACUACGCAUGCAGCCAGUUUCACAGAGCGGAACAGAGAAACAGUGAGGUGUCUCUUACACAGUUACAGCCAUGUAGCUAGUUACGGCAAGUGACACGUUUUUAAAAUCCGUACCAUCAGCAGUAUGACGGGUCCCCUUUGCUCGUUUUAUACUUUCAUUUUGACAGAUGAAGAUGUUUGAAAUACAACUCUGUAUAACUGAGCAUUGCUGUUGCUUUCUGGUACUUAACCACCCCGUGCUGCAGGUUCCAUAGUGUAUUGUCAAAGCAGCUAUAUGAAAACUGGCUUCAUCUGUCAGCCACUAUCCCUUGUUAAAUGAUCUUGUACUGAAAUGGCACAGCUCUGGCAAUGCAACGUUUCUGUAAGAAGGAGCGACAGUGGCGCUGCAGCGAGAUGAACAGAUGGUGGAAGGGUACCACAUUGGUAAUAUUCUAAUGUUUUCACAUCCCAACAGGGUUGAGUCAAUUCCAUUUCCCUUUGAAUCAAUUCCAACACAUCAUUGAUCAAAAUUGCAAUUAGCAGAAUUCUGUUAAAAUGAGCUUCUCACAGUGGCAACAAACUGAAGUCGCUGUUAGUCAAUUAAAUUGGCUUCAAAUGAAAGCAGCUGAACAAUCGCAUCAAUUAUUAACGCCUCCAAAAUAUCAAUUCCUUCAAAAGGAAUUGGUAAUUGAUUUUACAAAAGGAAUUGGAAUGGAAAAACAGGAAUUUACCCCAAUUCUGCAUCCCAGUGGCAUCUCCUUCCUAUUACAAAGAACUAAGCUAGUACUUUACUGUUGAUGAAAUUCAACACAUCAAAUGGAAAUGUAUUCCACUAAGACAUGCAAGAGUGUGCUUAUGAGGUGGAUGUUCCUCAGUGCAUGAAAAUGAAUAUUAGAAAGGGAAUAACGGGACUAUUAAUAGUACUCACUGCAGUAACCCUUAAACACAUGGAAAUAUAAAACAUGUUAAGAUACAGUUGGCAUAGCAGUCUCGUUUACUAUGUUUGUCAGGCUGUAAAUCAUGCUCAGUGUAGCCUCUAAAUAAACACAUGAUUAUAAGGGACACACCAUUAUACCCAUUGCAUACUGUCAUUUACAUGUUCUUUCUUUGUUUAAAAAUCAUGUAAAUACACCCUUCACCAUUAAAUUGUAUAUUUUUACAAUAGCUCAACUAUUAUUGUUUUAUUUGUAAUAAAAUAUUCAAUUGCAAUUAA